UGGAACCAGUUACUGUCUGACAGUAAACAACCCAAACCACCUGCUCUUCAAAGAUUGUUCGAUACCCCACUCGACUUGGAUCUAUGAUGACUACCGAAUGUACAUCAUGGAAACGCAAUCGAAAGGAUGUCUUACAGCAGUCAAGGACCAGGUGUCACUUGAACCUUGUGAAAUGGAGCCCCAUUCAAUCAAGCAGAUGUGGAGAUUUGAUCAACGUAAUACGGACUACAACCUACGUCAAGCAUAUCCAAACAUCACAAUAGAAGAAUGGGAAUUCGUCCACGAAGAAUUCAGAAGCAGCCCUGCGGAAAACCUAUUAAAUAUAGACCAUAUAUUUAAUUGGGGACAACUUAUGAACAAAAACAAAAAUGGAAAAACGCCGAUGUGUAUGAACAAUAUACACGGAAAAUUAAACAUCUCUAUGGAGCCAUGUCAAUCACCAGGAGACCCGAUGCAGUUUCCAGAUCAACUGUUUGAAUACGACAUCGACUAUACCAUCAGGAAGUUCGACACCAAUCAUUGUUUAAGAAUAAACGAAAAGAACGCAGUUCUCGAGCAAUGCAACCCAGAUAGUAUGAGAUGGGGAGCAAACGAGAUAACUGGACAAUUAAUGGAUGUGAACUCAAUCAAAUGCAUUGAAUUUCACCAAGGAAAGUUAAGAUUAGGAUUAUGCAACGAUGACCAGAAACCCAGACAUCAGAAAUGGAAAUUCGAAGCAUACAACCCUAAUCUAAUAAAUUCCGAAGAGCAUCCCAGCUUAAUACCUUCCAGGAUUCUCGAGUGGCAUAAAAACUUUUCCAUUCAUGAUAUGCCAUUCCCGACGAUGCCGCCAAUCUUCCAGAAUCGAAAUAACAUGAGCCUCAUUGAAGAUGAAACGUUACCAGAAACAACGCCAGUUCCAGAUACAACAACGGAGACCAACAAAGAAGAAACAACGCCAGUUCCAGAUACAAAAACAGAGACCAACAAAGAAGAGUACCCUGAAAUAUUGGAGAUAAAAGCCGUAGAAACACCGAUCAUAAAUGAAACUAAAGUUGCAGCAGCGUCACAAAUCAUACAACAAAAUCUAGGGAAUAAUCAACAGAAAAAUCUAACAACAGUCUUCGCAGGCGAAAUAGCGAGGCCAGAUGCAGGAAUCAAUAAUAAUUCAAGCAACCCGACAACAAUGAACCCAACAAGACCUACAGAUCCUCCAGUACCUGCACCGACAAAGCCUGCACCAAAAGUGACAUCAACAACAACAACUACAACAACAACCACAACAACAACGACAUCGACGACAACUUCAACUUCAAAACCCAUACCCUUAACCGAACCAACAAGACCACCUGUACCACGCCCACGUAAUUUUACACAAACCAACACUCCACCCCAAACAAAAACAAGUCCCAACCAAAAAGUUACGAAACAACCCUUACCCUUACCUCAUCCCACCAGAACCAUCAUACCUCACCAAAACGAUUCCAAAACUAUACCUAUACCAACAAAAGCCACAUUACCUUACCUGAACGACUCAACCGACAAAAGCAAAAACACCACACAAAAUAAACCAACAACAGCAAACAAAGAAGAAAUCAGCGAGAUCAUCAAACCCAUCAUCCAAUCCUUCCACGAGCAAUAUAAGCAGAGCAUCGAGAUUCAACACGAAAAUGAGCUGGCAAGAGAGAUACGACAAAUAUACUGCCAGGUGUCUGUGCUGAGAAGAUUGCAAGCCAUGACACUGUCUCAAACAAAUGGAAUUCUAGCCGCAGCAGCAUUGGAAUUACCAACUUGUUCACGACUUCAAGGACUCGGACAAUCUCUACUUCUACAGGAAUGCGAGAAGAAACAAGUUACAGUCGGAGCAAUAGAAACGAAAUGUGGAUUCCAGCCAUACACGGUUUACAAAAAUAACAACUAUACAAUUGGAACAGAUGGAUGGUCAAUCCACCCGUUUUCCAAUUGUUUUUGGAAAACAAACCUUGUCAAUCUAAACGGAAAAACAUUUCACUGGGAACACAAUACAACCCACGCCGAUUGGACGGAGCAAACGCCGAAUAUACACACACCAAAUUUAAAUCUUGUAUCGCAGUUUGAAGAGCUCUCCCUUAACGAUUUUAACUACGCUUUAAAAGGACACCCAGCUCAUUCAGUAACAGACUUAGAACGACUCAAUGUUUUAAACGAAUUGAUAGGUAGGAUAGAGGAAACGCACGACAAUUCGUUAGCUGGAAUGAUAAUGUCAGAGAAACAGGAUACGAAAAUUGGAGACAUGUAUUCUUGGACAGAUUACCUAAAAAUUAUCGUUUUUACUACGAUAGGAUUUAUAAUGUUUAUCCUAGUCGCGUAUAUUUUUGCACGAGUCAACCCUAUACCAGCUAUGAUAGAUUCGUUUCAACAACGCCGAAAUCGCCGUGCAGCAGUAGAAAUACCAAUAGAGCAGAGUCAUCACAUGGCAUAUGCCACAAACCAUCCAGUUAUAAUGCCAGGAAAUAUGUAUCCAUAUGUUAUGCCACCAAGUGCGCCUGUCGAAUCAAUAAGCCGAGCAAAUAGUUUCCUUAAUCAAAUUCAUCUGUAA